AUGAGUCAAGCUACUAUUCGAGGAAGCUUGCAAGAGGGUCUGCAAGAUGCAGCAUCAGUUGGAAUUACCAAUGAUUUCGAGAACCUAACACCAUCUCUCGGGAGAAGCUGCAAAAAAUGGAUUAAGAAUCCUUUGAACAUGGCCCUUCUUUUAUGGACAGUUUGUGUUGCUGUUUCAGGAGCAAUUCUGUUUCUCGUCAUGACAGGAAUGCUGAACAAAAUCCUUAUUAAGCAGUCACAAAGAAACUCAUGGUUUGAGGUCAACAACCAAUUUCUCAAUGCACUAUUUACUCUCAUGUGUCUCUACCAACAUCCAAAGAGGCUCCACCAUCUUGUACUUCUUUGUAGGUGGAAGCCAAAUGACAUCAUAAUCCUAAGAAAAACAUACUGCAAGAAUGGCACUUGCAAGCCUCAUGAAUGGAGGCAUAUGAUGGUGAUAGUUCUGUUACUUCAUGUUAAUUGCUUUGCUCAAUAUGCCCUUUCGGGCCUUAACUGGGGUUUCAAUAGAUCCCAAAGGCCUGUUGUUGGGGUUGGUAUAUGCAUCUCCAUAGCAAUUGCUGCUCCAUCACUUGCAGGAGUUUACUGCAUUGUCAGCCCUCUAGGAAAAGAGUAUGAAACUGAUGAAGAUGCGCAGAACAAUAUUCCUAUUAGUAAUACAUUUACAUCAAGAAAUGAGCAUAGUAUUGCUGAGUACACACCUCAAUGGAGAGGGGGACUAUUUGAUCUUUGGGACAAUCUUUCUGUGGCAUGUCUCACUCUCUUUUGUAGUUUUUGUGCCUUUGGAAGGAAUAUGCAGAGACUUCAUUUUGGUAACAUGUUUGUUCACGUUGCAACUUUUCUACUCUUCUGUGUAGCUCCCUUUUGGAUAUUCAACAUGGCUACCAUCAAUAUUGAUGAUGAGCCUGUGAGAAUAGUUCUGCGGUUGAUUGGUAUAUUUCUUUGUGUGUUUGGUUUACUCUAUGGUGGCUAUUGGAGGAUUCAGAUGAGGGAAAGAUUUAACUUGCCACCAAAUAAAAUUUGUUGUGGGAAUCCAGCAGUGACAGAUUGCAUGCAGUGGCUAUUGUGUUGCUGGUGUUCCCUUGCACAGGAAGUAAGAACUGCAGAAUUCUAUGACAUAGUUGAUGACAACUUUUUCUGCCAAAAGCAGACUGAAAAGUCAGAAGAUUAUUCAAGUCUCUCAGAAAUUGAGUUUUCAAGAGAAAGAAAGAAAAAUGUUAUGGAAGCGCCUAUUCCUCUAACAAUUCAAGUUGAUGAUAAUGACAUCAAAAGAACAUAAAGAAGAAAAACCUCAAUUAUAUAAAAGGCUUUUAGCAGUCACAUUAAUUUCAAAAUAGACUUGUACAUUUGCAAUAUUUGAACAUCUUUUUCGAAUCAAUUGGUAGGGUGUUACCUUGUGUUUGAUAAUUUUCAAACGUUGUUGUUCAAAACAAGUUGUGCAAAUGUACAUAAUGUCUCAUGUACGUGAAUGCAAAUUACUUGAACAGCAACAACUGAUAACUUAAGUGAGGGGUGAACACUGAUGAACUUGUUAGGGAUGGUCCUUAUUAGGCGACUUGUUGAAUGAUUCCAAUAGUUCCACUUUCAAAGUAAAGUAUGGCUUUUCUUGUCAAAAGCUCUGUUCUCUUGUUAACAUUUCCUAUACUAAAUGCAAAGUCCAAACUGGUUGAUUAUUACAGCUUGGUUAACAAAUGAAUCAAUCAUUAUCCAAACUGGGAAAGUUGAAGCAUACCGCGUAUUACGAUAAGAAGUACAUGCAACUUGGAGUUCACUAGUGGUUUAGGUACAAAAGUAUUUAGCAUUAUUUUCAGAGUUCUCUAUACUUUCUAGAACUACCAUUUUCAUGAUCAUAUAAUUACCAAAUUCCUCAUAAAAUGCUUUCCCACUUGAACUUUGAUCCCGCAAAAA